AGUGGCUUGCUUGCUUAUUUUGAAGCCUCGUGUGUGAUUGUAUACUUCUCCACGCUUGAUUCUUGAGAAAUUUGCAGUGUUACUCAUGUUUACACGCAUUAUUGUUGAGCACGGUCGCAGCAGCAAUAUAUCCCUAACUGAUAUCUGCUUGCCACCGCCCUGAAGACGAAUUCUUCUUUUUUUGACGCUGACAGAGCGGCCCUCCUUUUCGAUCGUAUCUAGACCCCCGGAAUCAACGGAUGUCCGCCCGUGUCAGACAACGAACGAAUCUGGGCUGGCUGGCUGAACGCCGGGCAAUCUGUUCCGAAACCGAGUCGCUGUCUGACAGUGAAUAUACAUCUGCCCUAUCCUGCCUAGGCAUGCGCCGAGCAAUAUACAAAUGCAUCCUCUGACGCUAUCAUGAGAAUACUCUGCCUCCACGGCGACGGCCAGAGCGGAGAAACCCUCCAAUCCGAUCUCGUCCCGCUCCUAUCGCAAUUGAAGCAUCUGGACCGUGGUCUCUCAUUCGAGCUCGCCGACGGCCCAUUGCCAUGCGUGGAUGGUGAGCGGUCCGGUUACAAAUUCUUCCGGACGGCGGAGGCUAGAGACAUCCGCAAAUCCCACGAGUGGCUAGCGGCGAAGCUAGACCGGGACGGCGGCUACGACGGCGUCAUCGCCUAUUCUCAAGGCGCGGCACUGGUGUCGAGCUUCCUCCUGUGCCGGCAGUGGUACGAGCACGAGCUGCCGGCUCCCUUCCGGUUCGCCGUCUUCCUGAGCGGAAGCCUGCCGCUCGAGGUGCUGAAGGGGAUCGGGGUGCCGGUGUCGAGGGAGGCAGAGCGCGUGGCGGCGGAGGCGGAGCUGCAGCGAGACCGACGGCUGGGCCCGCUGCGAGCCCACGCCGCCAGGGCGCGGCGCGCCCUGUUCGACUCGGACGACUGCUUCGGCCUCAACCUCAACAGGGUGCCCCUCGAGCUGAAGAUCAGGAUCCCGACCGUCCACGUGUGGGGCGAGGCAGACCCCCUGUUCCCAGCCGCCGUCCAGCUCGCCGGCCUCUGCGACCCUUACAUCCGAAAGACACACGCGCACGCCGGCGCCCGCGACAUCCCUCGCGACGGGAAACAGGUAGCGGCGCUGGCAGAGCUCGUCGAGUGGUGUGUUAGUCGCGCCGCUUGGCCCGGUCAGACGCAGUUGUGAAGGCGAGGUUGGAAUACGUCUUAACAAGCAAUGCCUCGGUAGAUAGUAGAGAAUAUACGCCGCCGUUACUCGCCGGUAGUUAGAGAUAUACCUAGGUAAACCGAGUUUGCGUAGCCGUGCUGUGUAACUAUCCCUUUUCAGCUCUUGCUUGACGACAGGAGAGGCCUCGUGUAAAUGGAGAUAGACUGGGCGUUCUCAAAAGCAUGUGCCGGG